AUGGCAGUGAGAUUAUGUCUCUGUAUAUUCUUCACGGUAGCCAUCUUCGUGUGCUCUUCCACAGAGUACGAACAACUACGCCCGUGGCCGAACGGCAUUAUUUCCAAAGGCCUCUGCUCAAGGGUUCCGGUGAUCAUCCACGAGCUGAUGCACAUCCUUGGACUUCACCAUGCCCAUCAGCGCGCCGACAGAUCUGAUUUUAUCAAGAUAUACGAAAAACACGUUAUUCCCGACGCGCUGUUCAACUUUAGGAUAUCCCACAACGAGACUUUUGGAAUUCCUUAUAACAUUGAAUCUAUUUUACAUUACGGAGAGCGCGCAUUUUCCAUGUCACCAUAA